GUUCUGGUCAAUUUGACACCCGAGUCGUGUAUCCUGCAAAUGCGAAGAAAUGAAAGCUAACGCUGGCUAUAUUUAUAAAAUUUCUGUAUCCAAUAACUUUCCGCUUCUUUAAUUAUUCUAGAAAUUUUUUUCAGUUAGCGAAUUUGUAUGGCAGCCUGGUAGGCUUGACCAGACUUGAACUGCGUGAAAAUGGAUUGAAGCCAAAAAUGGAUUGAAAUGCGGAAGCUAGCAUUAGCCGGCUAGCCAUGGAAGGGGACAGAGGAGGAUGUGACUUUGUAUUGUUAGCCUCUACUCAGUAAAAUGACUUAAAACAAUUGCCCAUCGUCCAGAACUGUUCAGUUCAUACGUGAAGUUAUAAUUCGUAUUAAAUGCGCAAGUGUUAUACUGCGCAUACGCCAUGAAUAUGUCAGCUUCCCUGCACAAACCGCAGGUCGCCAGUCGGCUGUCAACACAUAGGUUCUGCUCUGAGGCUAGCGUUCUCCAGCUUGCAGCCAAACACACAGACUUCACUGGUGCCUAAUACACCAAGCUAAAAUUAGGCAGUUUGAAAGACUUAAGUUUAAUCUUAAACCUGGUCCCACCACACUAUUCAUACAGUUUUAGUUUCAGAUUGAUUUGCUACUUGAAAGUUCUUCAUCAAAUUUUGUGUAAGUUGCAGACACCCUGCAGCCCAGGUGUUGCGUUUGCCCACGUGUUGUGAGUCAGACUACUAGGUGACCCCCUCUUAGUGUAUGGGAAUCAGUGCUGGCUGUAACAGGACUGUUGUUGGUCAACAAUGGGAGGUUCUGUGUCCUGCUGCAUCUCUCCUGGGGAGAGCCCAAAGAUCCGUAGGAGAGAAGUGGAGCUGGAGGAGUGUCCUAUCACCACCACCGAGGAUGUGAGUGAAGACACUGGGACCUAUCUGCAGCACAUCAGUGACAGGGAGCUACCAGAUGAACUGGCCCAAGAGGCCAACCCAUCAGACCACCCUAGAGCCAGUACCCUCUUCCUCAACAAGUCACAGACAGAUGUGCGUGAAAAAAGAAAAAGCAACUACAUGAAUCAUGUAUCCCCGGGGCUCCUGACCAAAAAGUACAGUUCCUGCUCAACGAUAUUCAUUGAUGAUAGCACAGUCAGCCAGCCCAACCUUAAGAGCACGAUCAAAUGCGUUGCAUUGGCCAUAUACUAUCACAUAAAAAACAGAGAUUCAGACCGCUCGCUGGACAUAUUUGAUGAGAAGAAACAUCCUCUGACGCGGGAAAAGGUUCCAGAUGACUACUCUGUGGUUGACCCAGAACACAAACUCAUCUACCGCUUCAUAAGAACGCUGUUCAGCUCAGCACAGCUAACUGCGGAGUGUGCCAUUGUCACUCUGGUGUACCUGGAAAGGCUGUUAACUUACGCUGAGAUGGACAUCUGCCCUUGUAACUGGAAGCGCAUCGCGCUCGGUGCCAUCCUGCUAGCCUCCAAGGUCUGGGAUGAUCAGGCUGUGUGGAAUGUCGACUACUGCCAGAUCCUCAAAGAUAUCACCGUGGAGGACAUGAACGAGAUGGAGCGCCACUUUCUGGAGCUGCUGCAGUUCAACAUCAAUGUACCCGCCAGUGUGUACGCCAAGUAUUACUUUGACCUGCGCUCACUGGCUGAUGACAAUAAUCUUAAUUUUCCUCUGGAGCCGCUUAGCAACAAGCGGGCCCAAAAACUGGAGGCCAUCUCCAGGCUGUGUGAGGACAAGUACAAGGACCUGAGUAAAUCUGCUAUGAGGAGAUCUGUCAGUGCAGACAACCUGAUUGGCACCAAGAACUCCCAGGCUGUGUUGUCUUAGGUCUGCAAGAAGGUGGAACACCAGCCUUAGAGUGACACUACAGGAUGUGAUGCCAUGCUCAAGAAGUUUAUGAAAAGACAAUUCCACAGUAUAUUACAUUCGUAUCAGUAGCCGAUACUUUACAGAAUGUUAAAUGUCGUGGGAGACACAAACCAGAAGUUUACCAUACAGUAUCUCUGAUAUAUAAUGAAUCCAGUCUCUGUGUUCAUUAUAAAAAUCUUGAGGUAACUGCCCUUAAAGCAUGGCAAUGUGAUGAAAGAUUUUGCAGACUGUCACUUAUUUCCCCUAAAUGAUGGAUGUCUAACUUUGGCUGGGAUUAGCAUGCACAUGUUUCCUGAAGUCAAACAAACUAAGGACCUCAUCUUCUGUUUUUAUAUACAUCAGCCAAUCCUUUGGGCAGUCGUUUCUGGC